AUGGGUCCCGCGUUGCCUCGGGGGGUGCCGGGGGAAGCCGUGUCUCCAGCCUGCAGUGGUGGGAAAAAGGAGAACCCACCUUCCUUGGCCAUGGGAUUUAUCCCUGCGCGGAUACUUUUUCCACGUACGGCUUCAGCUCAGCCCAACACUGGAUUACAGGAGGCGCCCUGGGUGAUUGUCCCUGAUUUUACACAUCAUGCCCACUCUGCCUCACUGUCAGCGGUAGCAGUGAAUAACAGAUACGUGGUUACUGGGAGCAGAGAUGAGACAAUCCAAAUCUAUGACAUGAAAAAGAAGGCAGAACAUGGGGCACUCCUGCAGCACAACGGCACAGUAACUUGCUUGGAGUUCUAUGGUGCUGCGCAUCUACUGAGUGGGGCUGAAGAUGGAAUAAUUUGUAUCUGGAACACAAAGAGAUGGGAAUGCCUGAAAUCCAUUAAGGCACAUAAGGGGCACGUGACAUCUCUUUCUAUUCAUCCUUCUGGGAAACUAGCUUUGUCAGUAGGAACAGAUAAAACAUUAAGAACUUGGAAUCUUGUAGAAGGACGAUCAGCCUUUAUCAAAAACCUGAAGCAAAAUGCCCACAUAAUUAAAUGGUCCCCUGAUGGAGAGAGGUAUGUGACCGUGAUAACAAAUAAAGUGGAUAUCUACAGACUUGACACAGCUUCAAUCACUGGCACUAUCACAACAGAGAAGAGAAUUUCUUCACUUAGAUUUAUUACAGAUUCUAUCCUUGCCAUAGCUGGAGAUGAUGAAAUUAUAAGGUUCUACAGCUGUGACUCUCAAAAAUGCCUGUGUGAAUUUAAAGCUCAUGAAAACAGAAUAAAAGAUAUCUAUAGUUUUGAGAGAGAAGGACAACGUGUUAUUGUCACUGCAUCCAGUGAUGGUUACAUUAAAAUGUGGAAUCUGGAUCUUAAUAAGAUUAAAGAUGUGCCAUCUUUACUGUGUGAAGUCAAUACCAAAGCUAGGCUGACAUGCCUUGCAGUAUGGCUUGAGCAAGCUUCAGAAACGAAAGAAAAUUCUGAUAAAGCUGCAACAUCAUCUCAAGGUAACAGAACUAUCCGCAAUCGCUGGGGAGCCCCGGAUACAGCAAGGAUUUGGAGAACCUGUCCCGGCAAUUGGGACAUCCUACGCAGUGCGCCCACUCGUAG